UGCCUGACUGGAAAGCGCGCCUGCCCGCGCCCGGCCGCGGCGGACCCUCGGGGAGACCGAGCCUCAGGCGCGCUCCUCCGCGCUCGUUCCUACCGGGCGGCGGCCCGGGAGCGCGGCCUCCUCUGGCUCCUCAGGGCGGACAACCUCGUCGCCCACGAGCCAGGCCGCGGGGCUCGCGGAGCGCAGCGGCCCCCGCCGCCGCCGCCGCCGCCGGCCGGAGUCGCCGAGCGCUUCGCCGCGGCCGCGGGCCAUCCCCGGGCCGGCGCGGAGGCUUGGCCGAGCCGUUCCGGAGGCGGGCCGUUCCGGAGGCGGAAGGGGCGGCGACACAGGACUCGGCGGGGCAGCCGUGCGGGGUCCUCGCGCGCCUUCCACGUGGGGUCCCGGUCCCGAGCGGCCCGUCCCCCGCCCCGGCCGGCCAUGGUGGCCACCCACAGCUCGCGCGGUGAGGGGUCCCGGGCUGCCGCGCGCAGGACUUUGUCCGGAGCCGGCCGGGCGCAGGCGAGGCGGCAAGCAAAGGCUACCAAGAGGAAGCAGCAAGCGUCCAGCGCGGCUCCCCCAGCAAAACGGAGGAACGAAACAUCGCUGCUCCCAGCCGGGAAGACUGCUGUCAGAGACACUGAACGGGCUUUCAGGAGGCGUGCACAGAAGGUGUUUUCUCCCAGGAAGUGUUCAGUUAGCGCGGGUGAUGGGAGCCGAGAGGAGAAACCGUGCAUUAAGACUUCGUCGUUGUUUAAAAACAACCCUGAGAUCCCAGAGCUGCCCAGACCUCGGGUGGAGCAGGCGUGUGAGACGGUGUUCACUCCCGACGCGUUCCAGGAGCUGGGCCUCCACCCACACCUGAUUUCCACAAUAAAUACGGUUUUUAAAAUGUCUAGUAUGACCAGUGUUCAGAAGCGCAGUAUCCCUGUGUUGCUAGAAGGCAGAGAUGCUCUGGUGAGAUCCCAGACGGGCUCAGGGAAAACUCUUGCUUAUUGCAUCCCUGUGGUCCAGUCUCUUCAAGCAAUGCCGUCAAAAAUACAGCGCAGCGAUGGCCCCUAUGCUCUGGUGAUAGUGCCGACGCGAGAGCUGGCUCUGCAGAGCUUUGACACCGUCCAGAAACUGCUUAAGCCUUUUACCUGGAUUGUGCCCGGAGUGUUAAUGGGAGGAGAGAAGAGAAAGUCAGAAAAAGCCAGACUUCGCAAAGGAAUAAAUAUCCUUAUCUCAACCCCCGGCCGCCUGGUGGAUCACAUCAGAUCCACAAAAAACAUUCAUUUUAGUCGGAUCUGCUGGCUGGUUUUGGAUGAAGCAGACAGAAUCUUGGAUCUGGGUUUUGAGAAGGAUAUCACAGUGAUACUCAACGCUGUAAAUGCCGAGUGCCGGAAGCGACAGAACGUCUUGCUGUCGGCAACACUCACAGAAGGUGUGACACGGCUGGCUGACAUCAGUUUGCACAAUCCAGUCAGUGUUUCUGUCCUGGAUGAAAGCCGUGACCAGUGUAACCCAGAGGGCAAAGCAGUGCAGGAAGUCAGUCCUCCACAGCCUGGUUCCCGGCCGGAUGGCUUUGCGAUCCCAGAGAGUCUGGAUCAGCACGUGACACUGGUUCCCAGCAAACUGAGGCUUGUCUGCCUGGCAGCCUUCAUCCUACAGAAGUGCAAGUUUGAGAAAGACCAGAAGAUGAUCGUCUUUUUCUCCAGUUGCGAGCUGGUGGAGUUCCACUACCACCUCUUCCUCCAGACGCUGGCGAGCGGCUCGGGGGCCCGGGCCUCGGGGCCGUCACCAUCUGCCUGCACGCGAUUAAGAUUCCUGCGGCUUCACGGCAACAUGGAACAGGAGGAACGGACAGCGGUGUUCCAGGAAUUCGCCCGAUCCAGGACAGGCGUCCUCCUCUGCACGGACGUUGCAGCCCGAGGCUUAGAUCUCCCUCAGGUCACGUGGAUUGUUCAGUACAACGCUCCGUCUUCACCUGCAGAAUACAUCCACCGCGUUGGAAGAACCGCCCGGAUUGGCUGCCACGGGAGCAGCCUGCUCAUUUUGGCUCCUUCGGAGGCAGAAUAUGUCAACUCCUUGGCUUCUCACAAAAUCAAUGUCUGUGAGGUUAAGAUGGAAGACAUUUUGUCUGUUCUGACAAGGGAUGACUGCUUCCAAGGGAGAGGAAGGGGGAAUCAGAAACCCCACGCUGGUGGCCCCCAGGAAACCCGCGCUCGAGCCACAGUCCUGCAGACGGUGUUUGAAGAUUACGUGCACUCCAGUGAGAGGACGCUCUCCUGGGCAAAGAAAGCUCUGCAGUCUUUCAUCCGCGCCUACGCCACCUACCCCCGGGAGCUGAAGCACAUCUUCCACGUCCGAUCCCUCCACCUGGGGCAUGUGGCCAAGAGCUUCGGGCUUAGAGAUGCCCCCCAAAACCUCAGUGUCUCGGCUGGAAAGAAGAGGAGAGCCGGCAUGAAGAGGCCUGCCCUUGGGAAGGAGACCCAGAGCAAGCGCCGCCGCCUGGCUGAGAUCCUGCGCUCCGAGUACUCCAGUGGUUUGGAGACUGUGGCUGCCAAGGUCACCGGGCAGGACAGACACGGAGGGAGGAGAGCCGGCAGCCUCGGCCGUGGGAGACAGAAGCGCUCUCCGUGAAAGCGGAGCCCCGGGAGGGCCUGGGCUGGCACGGGCGUCCUGUGGAGCCCCCUGCAGGAGCGGGCUCGGCGGCCUGGCCUCUGACACUCUGAAUCCCCCGCGGCAGGGGUCCUGAUGGAAUCCUGGGGCAGGGGUCACCAGCCAGCCCUCCAGAGAUGGCUGAUUCUGUCACCUGCAUCCAGGAGAGACGCCUGUGCGGCAUCCUGGACGGCCUGACCCGCCCUGCAGCCCUGUCGGUCAGUCAGCAAGGCUGGGGCAGGUUAGCAGCUGGAGCUGAAUCUGCACGUAAGGGGCGAGUCAAGUCCCAGGAGCUCUGUCGCAGAGAACCCAGGGAGUGUUGUGACCCGGGCCAGCGCAUCUGCCGUGGGAGCCCGGCACGCGUGCCCUGCCACGUCCACGUCCACGGGAGCCUCUGAUUCCCCCAUGCCUCCGCUCUGUGCCCCCCACCGAAUCCCGCCUGGUCUUGAGAGGGGUCUGGGGUCUUUGUGCUGUGACCUGACCCCAGCUGCCCCGCUGCCAUUGUGUUUUCUGGAAAGCUUGAAAGGAGCCCCCUGGAGACCCUUGAUUCCCCAAUAAAUGUAAGAUUUGGACCC